AUGGGUCCGUGUGGUAAAUCAAAGUAUUACCUUCUUUUUCGUUUGUUUUUGACGCAGCUUUCUGAGAACGACGUAGCUGUUCUGGAGAUCAUCACGUACGUAGGGUUAAGCCUAUCCAUCAUCGGAAUACUUUCGACAAUAACCUUAUAUUCUUUCCUCACAGAUCUUCGUCAACCUCUGUCUCAAAUACGCGUAAGUCUUGCUGUGGCUUUAGGAGCUGGACAAAUAUGUUUUUUCGCUGGUAUAAAUGCCACAGAGAUCAAGGCUGUCUGUGUCAUAGUAGCAGCUAUUAUGCAGUAUUUUCUGAUGGCCGCUUUCUGUUGGAUGCUGGUCGAGGGAAUUUAUCUCUACCUGUUUGUUGUAAAAGUUUAUAACAUCAACGACAAGAUGCGCAUAUAUCACGUCAUGUCAUGGGGUUUUCCAUUAGUUAUGGUGGCCAUUUCACUGUCUAUCGCUGCUGGAAAACAAGAGAUACAGGGUUAUACCAGCGACAAAUUCGAAAGAAAAAAAAGAUUUGCCAGACUUGACCAAGAUAGCUACCCUGUCCCGUCGUGUUCGCUGCCAUUAUUGCCAUCACCAAGCUCACCGUCGUCAUCGUCACGUUUUCGGUCACCAUUUCCAUCACUAUUACCACCGUCAUCGUUAUCGUCGUUGUCAUCGUCAUUGUUAGUAUUAUUGCCAUCUUCGACAUCAAGGCUAUUGUUAGUAUCAUCAUCAUCGUCGUCGUUGCCGCCAUUAUUGCCAUCAUCAAGAUCACUGUCGUCAUCGUCACGUUUACAGUCACCAUUAUCAUCAUCACACUCAUCAACAUCACACUCAUUUCCGUCACUAUUACCAACGUUAUCGUUGUCGUCGUUGUCAUCGUCAUUGUUAGCGUCAUCGUCACUUUCGACAUCAAGGCCAUUGUUAGUGUCAUUGUCAUCAUCGUCGUCUUCGUCAUCGUCGUCUCCAAAUUUGACUUCUCCGCCAGUGACAAUUGAGAGGCUGGCAAUUGAAUAUGUUUCUAAACUUGGUGCGAUAGAACUCAAGAGAGAAAGUUCACUGAAGGGGGCAAUGCGUUUGUUUAACGACUUCACCAAUCAGUAUCAGAAGAUAACAAAACCUUUCAAGGGCCAACUUGGUGAAGAAGAAGUUAAGAAAGGAACAGCAGCCAUCUUUAAGGUAGCAGUCGCAUUCGAGAAAUUUGUUCUCAACUACAGCAGGUACCACCUGAAUAGGACGAAACUGUUAAAGAAGAUGACUGACAGUAGAAUGGUUGUACGUAUGAAGAUUGGCUACCAGAAUGAUCCGAAUAACUUCCUUCUCGAGGAAGAAGAAUGGCAAACCAGCAUUAACAUUUCCUCUGCAAACUUUGCCAAGAAUGGGUCCGUGGUUGUAGGAUGUUUGUACAAAGAUCUCCAUGAAUUGCUGCUGACUAAGCAGUCCAUUGGGAAUGAAACUCACAAUUCAAGGUAUGUCAACACCAGGAUAACGACCGCGGCUAUGGAUCCUAAACCGGAAAUUUUACAAGAUCUCAUCUUGAAGUUCAGAAACCUAAAGGUCGUUGAGGAAAAAAAGCAUUGCAUGUUUUGGAGUGGCUUCAGCAAGAGUCCAGACGGGUACUCAGAGGAUGGUUGUCAUGUAGAUACAGCGAAGAGUAACUCAGAAGAAACAGUCUGUAGAUGCAAUCAUUUGACUUACUUUGCUGUCCUAGUUGAUUUUGACAGUGGUGGCACAAAGCUCUCCAAGAAGGACGGAACGAUAUUGGAGACUAUCACGUACGUAGGGUUAAGUCUUUCCGUCAUCGGGAUGCUUUUGACAAUCGUCCUUUAUUCUUUCCUCACAGAUGUUCGUGAACCUCUAUCACAAAUACGUUUAAGUCUUUCUGUGUCCCUCGGAGCUGGACAAAUAAUAUUUCUUGCCGGGAUAAACGCCACAGAAAACAUGGCUGCUUGUAUCACAGCAGCAGCUCUUAUGCAGUAUUUUCUGAUGGCCGCUUUCUGUUGGAUGCUGGUUGAAGGAAUUUAUCUCUACCUGUUUGUUGUAAAGGUUUACAACAUCAACACUAAGAUGCACAUGUACCACGUCAUAUCAUGGGGUCUUCCUGUCGUCAUGGUAGCCAUUUCACUGAGCAUUGCUGCUGGAAAAGAAGGGAUGAAAAGCUUUACCAGUGAUAAAUAUUGCUGGCUGUCUUCAACUAAUAAGCCAAUCUGGAUUUUCGUGGCAUUCGUGGCGUUUAUCGAAUCACUCAACAUUUUAAUACUUGUACGAGUCAUAAAGGAGAUAACUACACUCGUAGAACCAUUAGCGGAAGACAACUAUGCUCGGCAAAUAAGACUUGGCGUUAAAGCGGGCGUGGUGAUGAUUCCCCUGCUGGGCGUUUCGUGGUUGUUUGGUUUCCUGGCACCAUUGCACAAAGUUUUCACUUACAUUUUUACCAUCCUCAACUCUACGCAGGGCUUCCUGAUUUUCGUGCUGCAUUGUGUGCGAAACACCCAGAUUCAAGAGCGAUUCAAACGAAAGCUGAACACUGUUUUUCCAUCUGUAUAUACUAAAAACUCCGCAAUGAAGGGCUCGCAAACUAAUCCAAGUGCUGUCGAAGAUAUAGGGGCGGCCGAAUUGCAGUCUUGCGAUGAAUUUGAACUGAAAUAAAAUUUAAAUAACUGGACUGAGCGGGCUGAAACUAAUUAUCGAAUGUUUGAUACGAUCGUCAGGUUUGAUAUGUCAGGUCGUUCUAUUCGCUUCGAGUUACGAGCUCAUUGUAAUGUUCAUGAUUGUAUUUUAAAGAUGUUUAAGGCUAGUUUGAAUGUGCUGUGACCUCGUUUCAUGCGCUUUUAGGUCGUAGUUUUCCGUGAACAGCAUUUUACUUGACUCUCGCAAUCGUUUCAGUUUUAGAUCAUCAGUUAUUUAUUUGUUUCGUUAUUUUGAAAUCCUCUGUGCCAAAUGUUUGCUAUUAUUGAACGACGACGCAGUCUCCCUUUUUGAUAUUCGGAGUAAACACAGGGUUACUUGUCAAAUAGCUUUUUUGUUAUUGUAAUAAAAACA